UUUGGGACUGCACCUGUGCAGUUCAUAAAGGAUGGUGGAAGAAUGGACACCCCUCGUUCUGCACUGAGCGCUUGGAUUUUGUUCCCAGUUUAGGAUAAAGAAGAUGGAGAUUUAUCGUCCUGUUUUUUCCCUUCUCUUUUAUUAGUACCUCCUAAGCCUGUCCAUCUCAAACCUGGGCAGGAAAGAAUUCCUCCUGCACCUUCUCGGCCAUUGCCAGCUGAUCCCAAGUCGUCGAGGAGCUUAGCACCUGGAGAGGAAGAAAUACCAAUAUCAGCAGGAGUCAACACACUCAUUGAGAAAUUUGAAAGUAUUAGGCAACCUGUGCAUAUUCUUCAAAGAAACCAGCUCAAUUUAGCUCUUAAGAUGGAACCUGGCGUGGACUCAUCCAAACAACCCAGCUCGUGUGACUGCGACGUGGUGGGUUCCAGCGGCUCUUCCACGAACGAGAAAAGCGAACCGGAUGAAAACGAGCCGGACGUCCCAUGCAGCGUGGAUCUAUCCAGCACAGACAUCAUGAAAAUCAAAGAGCUAAGCAUAGGUGAUAACAAAAGCCCUGAGGACUGCACUGCUGUGACUGUGAGCAAAGAGCCCUCCGGAGAGCUCGACAGUAAAGACUCAACUGCAGAACUGAACGGUAAUGGCAAAAUUCCCAACAGGGACAGUGGCAUCGACAGCCCUUCUUGUAGCGUGGCGGGGGAGACUUUCCCCAGUGAGGAUGGUGCCGAGCAAAAGAAGCCCAGCGUGGCUGGGAACCCAGGAGACGUGGAACCUGACAAAAAGGGCACCAAACCUUCCUCUGUGGAGCAGAAGAGAGACUCCACGCAGGACGAAGACAGUGACAUUGAUGAAGGAAGCAGCGAGGAACAGGAGACAGCAGAAGUGCCAAAGUUAGAAUAUUUGGAUGUAAACAAGUGUACAGAGCCCCAAAAGCUAUUCAACAUCGCAAACGAACUGCUGCAUACGGAGGAAGCGUAUGUUAAAAGACUCCAUCUGUUGGACCAGGUUUUUUGCACUAAGUUGUCAGAAGCAGGUAUUUCAUCUGAAGUGAUAACGGGCAUCUUUUCAAAUAUUUCUUCCAUCUAUUGUUUCCAUGGACAAUUUCUUCUUCCUGAGCUCAAAACAAGAAUUACACAAGAAUGGAGCGUCAACCCACGGCUAGGAGAUAUCCUACAGAAACUGGCUCCUUUUCUGAAGAUGUAUGGAGAAUACGUAAAGAACUUCGACAGGGCAAUGGACAUGGUGAACACAUGUAUGCAGAGGUCCUCUCCGUUCAAAGAUGUUGUUCAGAACAUACAGAAGCAGGAGGUGUGUGGAAACCUGACGUUACAGCAUCACAUGCUUGAACCAGUGCAAAGGAUUCCUCGUUAUGAGCUUCUCCUAAAGGACUAUUUGAAGAAACUUCCAGAAGAGUCUCUAGACAGAAAAGAUGCUGAAAAGUCACUGGAGCUCAUAUCUACGGCGGCGAACCAUUCGAAUGCAGCCAUCCGCAAGAUGGAAAAGAUGCACAAGCUUUUGGAAGUCUAUGAGCGACUGGGUGGUGAAGAAGAUAUUGUUAACCCAGCCAAUGAGCUCAUUAAAGAAGGACACAUUCAGAAACUUUCAGCAAAGAACGGCACAGCACAGGACAGAUAUUUAUUCCUGUUUAACAGCAUGGUGCUGUACUGUGUGCCAAAGCUGAGGCUGAUAGGGCAGAAGUUCAGCGUUCGAGAGAAGAUGGACAUUGCAGGACUGCAGGUCCAAGAAAUUGCCAAGCAAAACGUGGCUCAUACAUUUUCAAUAACAGGAAAAAAGAGAUCACUGGAACUACAAGCCAGAACAGAAGAGGAGAAGAGGGAAUGGAUUCAGGUCAUUCAAGCAACAAUUGAAAAGCACAAACAGAACAGUGAGACAUUUAGAGCUUUCAAUAGCUCUUUUUCUCAAGAGGAGGAGCAUCUUCCUGAUUCCUCAAUAGCAAGCACCAGCUCAGUGGAAUCGAUGCCAGGAGCAGAUGGUGGUGGUGCAUUUGGAGGG